GAGGCUGCAAACACAGACGGCUGGUUGAGCAUCCUGGAGUGGUCCGCAGUGAGGGUCUGUGGUGAAGACGGCCAUCAGAUAACCCAUGGUGCAUCCUGGUUGGCUGCAGGAUCUCACACCCACUCGUCUCCACCAGGGUUUAAUCCCCUGGCACGCUGCUGGUUUAUUGCACAGGACUUUGGCUUCUUUGGGUCUGCAGAAAAACUCUCCACCAAGCAGCAGGACGGGUCCACCAUGUCGGCGCUCACCCACACGCUGGCCGUCCUCUUCGGGAUGGGCUCCUGGGUCUCCAUCAACGGGCUCUGGGUGGAGCUGCCUCUCAUCGUGCCUCAGAUCCCGGAGGGAUGGUACCUGCCCUCCUACCUCUCCGUCCUCAUCCAGAUGGCCAACGUGGGGCCGCUGUUCGUCACCCUGAUGCACCGCUUCCGGCCCGGCGCCCUCAACGAGACGGCGGUCAUCUACGCCAUCAUCGCUCUGGGCACGGCGGCCAGCUUCCUGCUGGGCUUCUUCUGGAAGGAGACGGUGGUGGUGGCAGGCGUCCCCCGCAGCCUGGCCCUCCUGGUUCUGACCUUCUUCCUGGCCGCUGUGGACUGCACCUCCUCCGUCACCUUCCUGCCCUUCAUGAUGCGCCUGCAGCCUCAGUACCUGACCACCUACUUCAUCGGCGAGGGCGUGAGCGGCCUGCUGCCGGCUCUGGUGGCUCUGGUCCAGGGCGUUGGCGUGGUGCACUGCGUCAACGGCACGCAGCCGCUGAACCGCUCCGGCAACGCCUCCGCCGGCGCAGGAGACCACGGCCUGCAGGCCCGGUACCAGCCGUCCAACUUCUCCGCCGAGGCCUUCUUCUUCUUCCUCAGCGCCAUGAUGCUGGUGUGCCUGCUGGCGUUCCUGCUGCUGAACCUCCACCCGGCCGUGGCCCGGGAGCAGCCCGUCCCCCGCUACAGCAACGGCACCAAGGAGCGCUCCCGGGCCAGGAGGACGCGGGCCGAGCAGCGGCCCAUGAUGGAUCCGUUCCGGCGCCAGAAGCCCAGGAGCAGCUUUGGCACCGGCUCUUACAGCUGGACGCAGGUGGUGUACAUCUUUGUGAUUCUGGCCUGGGUGAACGCGCUGAGCAACACGAUGCUGCCGUCGGUCCAGUCCUACUCCUGCCUGCCGUACGGAAACAACGCCUACCACCUGUCGGCCACGCUGGCCGCCGUGUCCAACCCGCUGGCCUGCUUCGUCGCCAUGUUCGUCUCCAUCAGGUCGUUGGUGUUCAUGGGGUUCCUGACGGUUCUGGGAACUGGAAUCGGGUCAUAUAUAAUGUUCAUGGCGGCGCUGAGCCCCUGCCCCCUGCUGGUCAACGACACGUCCGGCGCUGCCGUCAUGGUUCUGGCCUGGAUCCUCUUCAUCCUCUCUCUGUCCUACGUGAAGGUCAUCAUCGGCGUGAUCCUGCGGGAUGAAGGCCACAGCGCCCUCGUGUGGUGUGGCGCGGUGGUGCAGCUGGGCUCCCUGCUGGGGGCCCUCACCAUGUUCCCUCUGGUCAGCGUCUACGGCCUGUUCUCCUCAGGAGACCCGUGCGGCACCAGCUGCCUCUGA